AUGACUCUGAUGGAGAAGGAAAGAUGUCUUCGGUUGAAUGAUAGACUUUCAAAAGGUUUAUGGGCAAUUACACUCAAUAUGGCAUGCCAUCUAGUCAACAGAUCACCACAAACUUCAUUGGAUAGAAAAGUUACAGAGGAGGUGUGGACAUGUAACCCUAUUGAUCUGAACAAUUUAAUGAUCUUUGGGUGUCCAUCAUUUAUGCAUAUUUUCAGUGAGGAUCGUUCUAAACUUGACCCAAGUCAAAACAAUGCAUCUUCAUUGGCUAUAAUAAAGGGCAGUAUUGGUCCUGGUAGCCAACAGAGAUAUGCAUUUAGAGGAUAUAGAUGUGAGAGCGGAUGUCCUUCAUGUUUACGUGGCAGCUCGAAAAAACACUUUGUUGCCACCUAUACAUCAUGCACUGUCUUCAAAAGUUCAACACUAGAAGUUUCCUUUCAUUUCACAGGCACUUCUUCUUUGUCUCCUGCAUUUCUCUCUUUCCACACUGAUACUGUGAUGAACUGCAUCCACCAAACAUUAUGGUAG